AGACAAACAAAUAAUAUGCAAAAUUAUUUACAGAUUGAAUUAACACCUGUUGAUUUUGUUGCAAAUACUAUUGUAGAACUGUCACAGAAUUUAAAUGAAUCAUCAGGAAAAAUCUACCAUUUAGUUAAUGACACAUUGAAUUCAGAACAUUUAUGGAAAGUAAUGAAAGAUGUUGGAUACAAUUUAGAAUGUGUAUCUUACAAAAAAUGGUCAGAAAUAAUUGAAAAAAAUUCAAUUCUUUAUCCUCAAUUAGCUUCACUUACUUAUCUAUUAAAUUCUACUGUAGAAAAUAAUAAUUAUUUAGAGAAUCAAUCAACGGUGAAAAAAACAAAUGUCGAAACGUAUUUAGCUUCUGCCAAUUUAAUGUAUCCAAAUUUAGACAGAAAUGAAUGUCAUAGAAUAUUGAAAACAUUAGCCAAUUUGAAUUUGAUUCCCCAAAUGGCCAUAGACAAAGCUUCAGAGGAAUCAUUACCAACACAGUUAUUAUCUCUAAAGUCAAGAGUUGUACUUAUUACUGGAGCUUCUUCAGGAAUCGGUUAUGAAAUUACUAAAAGCCUAGCAUUAGCUGGAGCUAUAGUGAUUCCAACUGGAAGACGAAUCAACCGUCUGAUGGAAUUAAAAAAUAAGAUCUUUUCACUUGGUGUGACCAGCAAAAGCACAGUUUUUCCAUAUGAAAUGGAUGUUACUGAUCCAAUCAAUGUGAAAACAGUGGUUAAAAAUAUCGAAGAAUCAAUUGGUCCAAUUGAUAUAAUGAUAAUAAAUGCAGGAGUAAUGUUUUAUACAACAUUUGAUAAAUGUAAAAUAGACGAAUGGGAUGAAAUGGUGCAAGUGAAUUGUAAUGGUAUGUUAAAUUGUCUUGGAGCUGUUCUUCCUACCAUGACAUUAAGAAAUUCUGGCCACAUUGUAAACAUAACGUCAAAUGCUGGCCGAAGAUCAUUUCCAGGUUUAGGGGUAUACUCAGGAACAAAAUUUUUCAUGGAGGGCAUAGCUAGUGCACUAAGAACUGAGAUGAUUGAGUAUAACAUAAAAGUCACCUGCAUUCAACCUGGCGAUGUAAAAACUGAAUUAUUACAUAGGACUAGUGAUUUUGAGGCUCUAAAGCGAUAUGACUGCAGCUCUAAUAAUGAAAUUCUUGAGCCAUCAAAUAUCGCAGAAGCUGUUUUAUUUGCAGUUACACAACCAUCAUUUUGUGCUGUCAAUGAAAUUCUAAUUGAACCAAAAAUGCUACCAAUUUAAAUAUUUAAUAUCACAAGUAAAUCACAUAUAGUACAAAAAAAAAAAUGUAUUCUAAUUUU